GGCGGCGCUGGGGCGGCCGCGGGCCCCGCUGAGGGCUCCGCUGUGGGCUCCGCUCUGCGCUCCGCUCUGCCUGGCGCUGGCGGCCGCCGCGCUGGGCAAACCCAGCCCCGUGAAGGUGCUGUCGGACGGCAUGUGGCGGGAUCUGCUGGAGGGCGAGUGGAUGGUGGAGUUCUACGCCCCGUGGUGUCCCGCCUGCCAGAACCUGCAGCCGGAGUGGGAGAAGUUCGCCGAGUGGGGAGAGGACCUGGGGGUGAACGUGGCCAAAGUGGAUGUGACGGAGCAGCCGGGGUUAAGUGGCCGUUUUAUCAUCACAGCUCUUCCUACCAUCUAUCACUGCAAAGAUGGAGAGUUCAGGAGGUACCAGGGUGCAAGAACUAAAACUGACUUCAUUAACUUCAUCAACGACCAGGAAUGGAAAUCUAUUGAACCAGUGUCCUCGUGGUUUGGUCCUUCCUCUUUCCUGAUGAGCAGCAUGUCAGCUUUGUUCCAGUUGUCCAUGUGGAUCAGGCAUGGCCAUGGUUAUUUAACAGAAAACCUUGGAAUACCGGUCUGGGGCUCCUAUGCUAUUUUUGGGUUGGCAACUCUGUUCUCAGGACUGAUACUGGGACUGAUGAUGGUGUUCCUGGCUGACUGUAUCUGCCCCUCCAAAAGGCACAGACCAGCACAGUACCCUCAGUCAAGAAAACUGUCUCCAGAGGCAGGUGAGCUGCUGAAAAAGCUGGAUGAAGAGCAAGAAGCAGAUGAGGAAGAUAACUCAGAUGAUGAAAUGGAGGGCAAAGAGGUGUCCAACAGAGACUCGUCACCGAGGGCUGUGAGGCAGCGCCUGGCGAAAACGGCUGCUCCACUGGAUAAAUCUUAGCUGGGUUUGUGAGCAGGAUUAGUGUUUGAGUCAUCAACUCAAAGGGAGAUAAAUGUCAAAUCCUUCAGCUUGAAGAGAAGAAUGACUCCUGUCUUGGUAAUGUGGAUGCAUUUCAUGAAGUCAGACCAAAAAAAAAAAAAAAAAUAAUAGAGGCAUCUUUGGCGUCAGGUAUUUAAAAGUAAAACUUGCUGUUGCAAAUGGCUGGAACUUCUCCUGCCUGAGUGCAGGGAAGUGCCAAGAAAUCAUUGAUGUGGCUCCUGGAACAACCUGUUCUCUAGGGGUUAUUUUUACCAGGAUGUAAACCAGUGGACUUGUUGCAUGAGGGGAACAUUAGCAAGGAAAAUGCACUAACCCGUUUGCUGUCAGGGUGUUCAAAAAGGGUUCUCAGUCUAAACCUCACCUGGUUGUGCUCCGAAGAAAUGAUGAGGGGGGAAAAAGUUCCUUCAGUUUUGGGACAUGUCCCAGGCUUUUUUAUGUGACAAAACCUGCUUUUUGCUACGACAAUGAGAGCUACAAACCCCCAGGUUUUUGUCUUGCAGGAGACCAUGGCACAAGCACUCUGCAGCAGGAUUCUCUGGCUGACCAGAAACCUGCUAUUGGCAUCGUUUUUCUUUUAGAAAAGGCUGUAGAAAACUAUAUGAGCUUCUUGGCAAAGUAGUUCUCUUGGAAAAAAAAAAAAAAUCACAAAUAAUAGCACCAUGAAAUCUUGUUUGUGACUCCAGGUGGGAAUAGUUUACAUGCAGGGUCCUCUGUGUGAAUCCUCUCCACUCUCCCUGCUUUGGAUGGCAGUAGGACUCUGGCUCAUUUUUAAUACAUCAUCAGUGAUUUCUACUUAAUCAAAUUUUACUGCAAAAUCCAGGCAGGCUUUACCUGGCCUGAAGUUGAAAUAACAGCUUCCUAAUUUCUUCUACAGAAACAUUUUUUUUUUUCCCCCUCUUUUCACAAAACCAUUUUUUUGAACCAUAUACUUUAAUUUUUUCCUCCUAAAAAAAAAAUGUAGUUUACUGUUUUCUGUAUGGUAUUUGUUUUCACUCUGUAUAGAAAUAAAAAGAAUGCACAUGCCCAUUGGACCAGUGUUAUCUUGUAAAGAAUUUUCCAUAUUCUUUUAAUUUCCAAAGUAUUUGCAAGGGAAGGGUUACCCUAAAACUGAGCAGGUUUUGAUUAUUUUUUUUAUUAUUUUUUUUUUUUGACAAGCCUGUUCUUGCUGGUUUGUUUUUUGUUUGUUUGUUUUGUUUGUAGUUAGUUGGUGGUGGUUUUUUUUAAAAUUGUUCUUCUGAGUGGGUUUGCAGGACUGGCACUUGAUGAAUCUGGGUUUGAGUAUUAACACAGCAAAUGUAGAAAUGCUGUGAAAUGAUAGAAAUGAUGUUUUCCCUGCAGCUCUAAAUCCCUGCUCCCCUAGUGAGUGUUGAGAAGACAAACAAGGAGCUUGUAAUGAACAAGGAAUAUUGGGAAAUUCAAUAUUUGGAGCUCCAGCAGGUGAAUCAGCUCAUAAAUAAUUAAGAACGUAUAAUAAUGGGGUUUUUUUGUCAGUCUUCAUCACUCCUUUGUAAGGUGCAUUUUCAGUGUAUGUGAUAAAACAUAACUCAUGGAAAAAAAGUGAUUUAGUUAUCCAACUAUCUCAGUGAAUCUUCCAAAUUGAAUGAGAUGUCUUGGAUCUUCCUCCUUUGACUUUUUCCCUGUUUUUUUUUUUCCCCUUUCCUGAGCGUUGGUGCUCUGGGAUGACCUCAGUGCUGGGUUGUGUGUUUGGAAGAUGGAACUGAUGUUUGAAAGAGUCCUUUGGGUUAAAACCUGAGCAUUCCUGUCAUUUUUUUUGUUUGUUUUGUUUUGUUUUGUUUUUUUUUUUUUAAGAUAAAACUUUUCCUGGUGUUGGAACGGAGACCACUGUGUGCCAGAAAUGCCUUCGAGGUGUUGGGCUUGUGGGGUUGCCUUAAAUUCUCUGAAAGUUUAGAUUUUAGCCUCUGUAAAUAAAGCAAUAAAUCCAUGAUAUCCUGAGGAGAACCAGUA